AUGGCCAAGGAACAUGGGAAAAAAUGGACUAUUUUACCAUUCUCCAGCAAUGCAACCGCGAUGGUUGCGGCUGCCCUCACAAAGCAGAAAGACAUCCAGGUAACUGCGAGGGAAGUCCCCAGCGCUGGCCCAAUAUGGAAGGACUCUGAGCCUACAGGCCGCUUUGAACAUUCCAAAAUAGCCAUUGUUGGGUAUUCUGGUCGGUUUCCUUCUGCCGCUUCCAACGAAGCCUUUUGGGAGCUUCUCCGGGCCGGUCGUGAUGUUCACCGAGAGAUCCCACGGGAUCGCUUCGACUGGGAGACAUAUUACGAUCCGACGGGGAAGAGAAGGAAUACCAGCAGGGUCAAAUAUGGGUGUUGGAUCGACGAACCGGGUCUAUUCGACACGAAGUUCUUCAACAUGUCACCCAAGGAAGCCGAAAAUACUGAUCCGGCCCAGAGGCUUGCUAUCACCACGACAUACGAGGCAAUGGAAAUAGCCGGCAUGGUACGCAACCGCACUCCCUCCACCCAGCAGGAUCGUGUGGGAGUCUUCUUCGGCACAACGAGCGAUGACUGGAGAGAGGUGAACAGUGGCCAAGACGUGGGAACAUACUUCAUCCCUGGCGGUAAUCGCGCGUUUGUGCCAGGGCGUAUCAGUUAUUUUUUUCGAUUCUCUGGUCCGAGUCUUAGCAUUGACACAGCCUGUUCGUCUAGUUUUGCUGCCAUCCAGGCUGCCUGUAGUUAUCUCUGGAGAGGAGAAUGCGACACAGCAAUCGCUGGUGGCACCAAUGUUUUAACGAAUCCUGACAAUUUUGCAGGCUUGGACCGUGGGCACUUUCUUUCGACAACGGGGAACUGCAACGCCUUUGACGAUGAAGCCAGUGGGUACUGUCGGUCUGACGCGGUGGGAUCUGUGAUUCUCAAACGACUAGAGGAUGCAGAGGCAGACAACGAUCCUAUCUUUGCCGUCAUUGUAGGCACAAACACGAAUCACUGCGGUCAAACCGACAGCAUUACUCGGCCUUAUGAAGGCGACCAGGUCAGCGUAUUCAAGCGGAUUGUCCGUCACUCGGGGAUCGAUCCCUUGGAUAUCAGCUAUGUCGAGAUGCAUGGAACUGGGACGCAAGCUGGGGAUGCGACGGAGAUGAAUUCUGUCUUGUCGGUUUUUGUGCCGGAGUAUAAGCGAAUGCAGAUGACCCCAGCAAGACCGUUACAUCUCGGAUCAGCGAAGGCAAACAUUGGUCAUGCCGAGUCUGCAUCGGGUGUCUCUUCGCUGAUUAAGGUCAUGCUGAUGAUGAAACACGGUGAAAUCCCACCACACUGUGGAAUAAAGAACCGCAUCAACCACAACUAUCCACUUGAUUUAGAGCAGCGUGGCGUCCGUAUUGCUCUCAAUGUGGCACCUUGGAAACGGGAUGCUUUGCCAUCGGGAAAGCGCUCGGUGUUCCUGAACAAUUUCAGUGCAGCUGGUGGAAACACAGCGAUGUUGGUUGAGGAUGCGCCAAUCCGACGCCGUGCUGUCGAUAAAGCAGACGCUCGAGUAUUCCAUCCGGUAGCUGUUUCGGCAAAAUCUCCAAAAUCGCUUGUGGGCAAUAUCAAUGCACUGAUAGCAUUCAUCGACCGGAAACGAGGCUCUCUCCCCGUGGGUCCUCUGUCAUACACAACUACCGCCAGGAGGAUGCAUCAUACCUAUCGGGCGAUGGUAACGGGCACUGACCUCAGCUCUAUAUUGGUUGAGUUGAGGUCACUUGCAAGCGAUACUGAAGCGUCGCUGGCUGAUAUGAAGCCCAUUCCGGCGGGAGCAAAGAAACAGACCCGAGUGAUAUUCAUGUUCUCGGGCCAGGGAGUCUUGUACUCUGAGUUGGCGAAGUCAUUAUUCACAGUUAAUCCAGCAUUUCGGUCCACAGUUUUCGAGCUGAAUCGUUUAUCACGACUGCUGGGAUUCCCGUCUUUUGUCGAGAUCAUUGAUGGUACCACGACAGCUGCUGCACUGCCAAGCGUCAGUGCAGUUGUGUCCCAUCUCGCUUUGGUUUGUGUCCAAAUUGCUCUCUUUGAACUAUGGAAGACGUGGGGUGUGACACCAGCAGCAGUUAUCGGGCACAGCUUAGGCGAGUAUCCGGCAUUAUAUGCCGCUGGUGUCUUGAGCGCGGCCGAUGUUAUAUACCUCAUUGGGACACGGGCAACACUUCUGGAAAGUCUAUGCACCAGUGGCACGCAUUCCAUGCUCGCCAUCAAAGCUUCAUGGGAGAUCGUGGAGCGGCUGAUGGUCGAGCACACUACAUCCGGUAGCUGUGAGCUCGCAUGCAUCAACCAGCCAUCUGGACAUGUUAUCGCAGGUCCGAGGGACAGCAUAACUGAACUAUCUCGACAAGCACAGCAAAUUGGCAUUGAGACCGUCCAGCUUGCUGUACCAUUCGCCUUUCACUCCGCUCAGGUUGAACCCAUCUUGACCGAUUUUGAGGCCAGUGCAUGCCACGUAACCUUCCAUCCACCGACUAUUCCAUUCCUAUCCCCUCUUCUUGGGAGAGCCAUCUCGGUGGGAGAUAUUGGCGCUCUUGCGUCAACAUAUGUCUCGGCUGCCUGCAGAGGCACGGUCAACUUUGUCAAAGCAGUUGGUGUUGCAGCAGACGUGGUCAACAUACAAGACACUAUCUGGCUGGAAAUUGGAGCCCAUCCACUCUGCAGUGGUAUGGUAAAAGGGACACUGGGCCCUCAGAUAAGGACCAUUGCGACGCUUCGCCAAAAUGUCGAGCCUUACAAGACUAUAGUCUCUGGGCUUCAAACGUUGUAUCUGGCCGGCGUGGAAAUUAACUGGAAUGAGUACCAUCGCCAUUUCCCUUCCUCACAAACCGUCAUAGAGCUUCCUUUGUAUUCGUGGGACCUGAAGAAUUACUGGAUCCAGUACCGCAAUGAUUUCCUCCUCACGAAAGGAGAGCAGCCGUUGCCAGUCGCUCCACCCUCUCGUCCACUUCGCAAACAUCUCUCGCCCACCGCCCAGUGCAUUGUAGAGGAAUCUCAUGGCACAGAGAAGUCAUCCAUGGUUGUGGAAUCGGAUAUUUUUGAUGAGAAGCUGCUUCCCAUAUUACAAGGGCACUUGGUGAAUGGCGCGGCUCUCGCCCCGUCGUCAAUGUACGCGGACCUAGCCCUUACGGUGGCCGUCUACCUUAUCUCGCAAUCUCCCAACAAACUCCUGGUCGACACAACCGGGUUGGAUGUGGCAAACGUGCGGGUCGACAAUCCACUCAUCGCACAGUCUAAUGAGACAUCGCACCUGUUCCGCAUGUCUGCCACGGCAGAUUGGCCAAGUAACGCCAUCUCCAUGAGAAUCUUCAGUGUUGAUUUAACCGGUAAACGUAUCGUAUCACAUGCCAGGGUCGAAGUUCGCGUUGUUCCUGGGCAGCGCUGGCUAGCUGAAUGGAAACGCAACACUCACCUCAUUACAGCUCGCAUCGAUGCCUUGGCUGCAGCCGUUCACGAUCCAAACUCAGAAACACACCUCGUUAAGCGCGGUAUGGCAUAUAAGCUCUUUGCUGCUAUUGUGCAGUACAAGACGGAAUAUCAAGGCAUGUCAGAAAUCAUCUUGGACAGCCAUCGAUUAGAAGCUGUUUCGACGGUGGAGUUUCAAGUGGGAAAGGAAGAGUUCUACCUCAACCCGCGGUGGAUUGACAGCCUCGGCGGCAUUGCUGGGUUCAUCAUGAACGCGAAUGUUGGAGUUGACAGUCGAGAUCAGGUCUUUAUCAACCAUGGAUGGGAAAGGAUGCGCAUUGCAGAGCCAUUACAGCAGAAUAGGACAUAUCGCGCGUAUAACCGGAUGCAGCUUGUUGAGAACACUACUUACGCUGGUGACACAUAUAUCCUCUAUGAUGGGCGUAUUGUGGCAAUUUUUGAGGGAGUGACAUUUCAAGGCGUUCCGCGCCGAGUGCUCGACCAUUUGCUUCCCAGCAGUGGUGCGAAAAAAGCUGGCUUGACCAAGAAACAACGCACUCCUGUCCCUAUGGAUCCUUCUCCAAGCAUGCCCCCAGCCCAAAGAGAUGGUCGGCCAGUACCAAAGUCAAGCUCGCAUUCACCAUCGUCCUCCGGUGUGUUCGGUCGCAUUCUGGACCUCAUAAGUGAGGAAGUUGGCAUCGCCCCUUCCGAGCUCAAAGCAGACACUGAAUUUGCAGCUCUCGGUAUCGACUCCCUCCUCACGCUUACGAUCACUGCGAAGAUUCGGGAAGAACUUGGGUUGGAUUUCCCUUCCUCCUUGUUCGUUGAUCAAGCGACUGUCGGUGAACUGCAGGUCCUCGUUGGCGGAAGGAGCAACGAGGGCGAGACGAGCGCUACGAUCAGCAGCGGCAGCAGCAGCGAUGAUAUGCGGGAUUCCCAAGUAACCAGCAGUGCGACAUCUGUAUAUCCUGACACUCCUUUAACUGAGGGGCCUUCUUGCCCUGAUCGGACUCGAGCCAGUAUUGUACUACGACAGAUCAUCUCCGAGGAAACACAGGUCCCCAUUGACGAGCUGAAGCCCUCGACUGGCCUAACAGAUAUUGGUAUUGACUCGUUGCUUGGGCUGACACUCAGUGGUAGGGUUCAAGAGCUUCUUGGGGUUGAUAUCGCUGGAAACACCGUCAUGAGCUUCGACACGAUUCAAGACCUUGAGGACGAGAUAUACAGUGAAGUUGGGUUUGCAAAACCAAAAACAAUAACGCCUUGGUCUGGCGACCAAGCUGCCUCCCGUUCAACUGGCCCUUCUCCGGCUUCGUCGGUGCCUAGGACAUGUUCAGGUGUGGCGCCUCUGCCGCAGGCUACGUCAAUAUUGUUAUCAGGGUCCCCUCAGACAGCCCGAGUGGUCUUCUUCCUCUUUCCAGAUGGCUCCGGAUCAGCUUCUUCCUACGCAGCUCUGGCACCCGCCAUAGAUCCAGAGGUAGUGGCCGUCUACGGACUUAACUGUCCUUGGCGGAAGACGGCAACAGGGAUGACCCGUCUCGGUAUCACAAUGGCUACAAUGGUAGCUCAAUAUGUCCCGGAAGUACAGAGACUGCUUCAAUUAUGCCACUCGCAAGGCAACGACCCUUCCAUAGCGUUAGGAGGGUGGUCUGCUGGCGGCAUUCUCGCUGUCGAAGCAAUUCGGCAGGUCCGUGCGCAAGGCUUGACCCAGAUCUCCUAUCUGGUGCUAUUAGAUUCGCCAAAUCCAAUCGGCCUGCAGAACCCCCCGAAGCGCAUGUACGAUUUCUUUGACUCACUGGGCAUCUUCGGCGGUUCCCCAGCAACCCCUGAUUGCAAGGUGAAGCCAAAAACCCCUGAAUGGCUGCUCCAGCACUUCGACGCAUUCAUUCGGGUUCUUGAUGCCUACGAGCCCACCCCUCUUGACAAUGCCCCAGCGUCGUUAAUCGUUUAUGCUCGAGACGGCGUGUGCAAAGACCCAAAUGGUCCGAAGAUGGAGAUCAGACCGGACGACCCUCGAGAAAUGCUAUGGCUCAUCAACAAUCGUACUGACUUCUCCGCGGAUGGCUGGGCUAGCAUACUCGGACGGCAGCAGUUGAGGGUGGAGGUGCUGGAUGAGGUGAACCAUUUUAUCCUGAUGGACCGCGGGCCUGCGAUGGAGAAGAUGGGAAACAUCCUGGCAAAGUUUUUUAAUCACAAGUGA